CAUCUGCAUCCAUCCGCCAGGCUCAGGCUCAGGCUCAUCCCAAGACCCAAGACACAAGACACAAGAUGUCGGUCCUCGGAAAACGCAGCGUAGUACUCGCUGCGCGCGACCUCAACCUCCUCUCCUUCUCCGCCCCGCUCACACUCACACUCACACACUCUCUGCGGUCUCGUGCGCGGCCAUUCUCCGUCUUCAACCGGCCUCCGCCAAACUAUCCCGGCCAUGUGCCGCUGAACUUCGUCGAACGGGGCGCUCUGGCCGUGGGGUCAGCGGUCGGGGCGCUCCUGAACCCCCGACGAGCAGACCUGAUCGCCGCGUGCGGCGAAGCCACCGCAACACCAUACUUCAUCUACCGGCUGCGCGACGCGAUGCUCUCGGACCCAACAGGCCGCCAAAUCCUGCGCGACCGACCGCGCAUCACCUCCGAAUCCCUACAACUACCCUACCUGCGCACCCUGCCCCCCAACACCGUCGGGCGAACGUACGCGACCUGGCUCGACCGCGAAGGCGUAUCGCCCGACACGCGCGACAACGUGCAGUACAUCGACGACCCGGAGUGCGCGUACGUCAUGCAGCGGUACCGCGAGUGUCACGAUUUCUAUCACGCGGUCACCGGCCUGCCGAUAUUCGUGGAGGGGGAGCUGGCGCUCAAGGCGUUUGAGUUCCUGAAUACCCUGAUUCCCAUGACGGGGUUGAGUCUUUUUGCGUCGGUGCGGCUGAAGCCCGCGGAGAGGGAACGGCUGUUCAAGAUCUAUUUGCCGUGGGCGGUGCGCAGUGGCUUGAAGAGUAAGGAGCUGAUUAAUGUUUAUUGGGAGAAGGUGCUCGAGAUGGAUGUGGAUGUGUUGAGGGGGGAGUUGGGCAUUGAGAGGCCGCCUGAUAUGAGGGAGAUUAGGCGCUUGAUCAGGGAGCAGAAGAAGAGGGAGAGGGAGUUGCUGGAGAGACAGGGGGCGUAGGUAGCCUGUGUCUUGUUUGGGAGGGGAGGGGAUGAUGGAUCUGGGGUCUUAAUUAGAUGUAUUAUAUUUGCGUGCGGGUGGCGGGGGUUGCCACUGGACUACCUAAAUAAAGAUAUU